AAAAUAAAAAAACCAAAAAAAUAAAUAUAUAAUGCAAUAAAAAAGAAAAGGAGCAUAAUUAAAAGAACAAAAUACUUAAAAAAAGCUUAAAAAGCACGAAGAAGAUGAAGAAAAUGAAGAAGAAGAAGAAGAAGAAGAAGUACAUGAACAUUAAAACUUGAAAUAAAAAGGAAAAUAAGCCCAAGAAGAAGAUGAAAAUGAAGAAGAUGAUGACUAAGAUGAUGAUGAAGAUGAUGAUGAUGAUGAUGAAAAUGAUGAUGAUGAUGAGGAUAAUGAUAAUGAUGAUGAUGAGGACGAUGAUGAUGAUGAUGAUGAUGAAGAAGAUGAUGAUGAUGAUGAUGAAGAUGACGAUGAAGAAGAAAAUGGUUAAUAAAAAAAUUAAUAAGAUUAAGAUGAAGAUGAUGAUGAAGAUGAUGAUGAUGAAGAUGAUGAAUGAUAUAAAAAAUUAUUUCAUUUUUUGAUAAAAAAAAAUUAUUUUAGAUUUUUUUUUUUGUGUUAUUUUUUUAUAUUUUUAAAUUUACCUAUUAUAAUUAAUUUUUCUUUU